AUGGAGUUCAACGUCCCUUCGUCAUCCUCGUCCGACGACGAUACAACUUCAUCUAGUUCUUAUGAAUUUGAAGAAGCCAUCAACGAGGCGGCGGUUGCAUCUUAUGAUCUUUGGAUAUGGAAUGCAUAUUUUGGUCAAGAAGGUUCUCACAACGACAUCAACGUGUUUGAGUCUUCGCCGGUUCUCGAAGAGAUUAUAAACGGGUUGGCACCAACUUCAGCGUUUUAUGCGAGCGAUAAUUACUACAAACGCGGAUAUUAUUUAACUGACGGUAUCUAUCCGGAGUACGCAACGUUCGUAAAGACGUUCACCGAGCCUAUUGAUCUUAAAAGAAAAUAUUUCACGAGAAAACAAGAAUCAGCAAGAAAAGAUAUCGAGCGAGCGUUUGGAGUUCUUCGAAAGCGAUGGCACGUCAUCAAUUAUCCAGCAAGAUACUGGACAAAGGAAAAAAUGCAUGACGUCAUUUACACAUGCAUUAUUUUGCAUAACAUGAUAUUGGAAGACGAAGACAAAGCCAUUUGCCAAGAUUACAAUGAGAAUGACCCUUCAUUGUUCCCGGAGUAUUGGACACAAGAAGUAUCAUCGGAGACACGACUCGAGAACAUAAUGGAUAUAAAGAAUAGACAGAAACACACCAUGCUUAUGUGUGACUUGAUCGAUCACCUAUGGGACAACAAACAACCAGGAUACGAGGCGGAACUCGUUAACGAGGAUGAAGGAGAUAACGAGGAUGAAGAUAAUAACAAUGUAGUCGACCUCGACCUAAACGAGUACGUUAGUGACGAUGAGUAG